GGAUAUGCUGCCAUCGGGAGUCUCGGCCCUGAGUGAUAGUUUCAAGGGAAUAUCUUUCCUCAUACACACUUCACUAUAUAACACAUACCGGCACGCGAGAAGUGCUAAGCAAAUCAGACGUCGGAGUUCAGGCGAGAGAUAGCAAUAUGGGUUUGAAGGAGGAGUUUGAGGAGUAUGCUGAGAAAGCCGAGACCCUGCCGGAGAAUACCUCAAACGAAAGCAAGCUUAUUCUCUAUGGGCUGUACAAGCAGGCCACCGUUGGACCAGUGAACACCGGCCGUCCUGGAAUGUUCAGCAUGAAGGAGAGAGCAAAGUGGGAUGCAUGGAAGGCUAUCGAAGGAAAAUCCAAGGAGGAAGCAAUGAGUGAUUACAUAACCGAAGUGAAACAGUUGCAGGAAGAAGCUGUGGCAUCUGCCUGAUGUUGUCUUCUAAAUUGUAAUAACUAAAACAAGCAUCUGCAGUUUUCAAACUGGUAAUGUGUUGUCUUGAUUCCUCAAAUAUGUUCAUUUUCUUGCGUUUGUUAAUUUGAGUUGGCCAAAAUUCUUGAACCCAA